UAUACAAUAAACAAUGCCGGACUCGGGCUUCUCUACGUUCGCGCCUUGAGCGCGUGAAGGAACGCAGGGAGCGCGUGAACACACAGAGCGCGCGCUAACAUGAACCGCGGGAGAUUCACCUUAACGGAUUUAACCGUCAUCAUUCUGAGGGUCAGCAUCACGACUCCUGAAGCGCUCUCCGUGAUCGCCAGCAGGGCGGAGGUAGAGGGCUGCCCCCUCGGCCAGUUUCCAUGCGGAAAUACCAGUGUGUGCCUGCCUCAGGUGCUCCAGUGUAACGGGCACAGAGACUGCAAAAACGGAGCGGAUGAGGAUCAUUGCGGCGAUAACAGCGGAUGGGCCGACAUCUUCGACCGCACCAUCAUAGACAAAACUGAACCCCACGACCUCACUGAUGCCUGCUCUCUUCAGCAGUACCCGGAGAGCUGCGACUGCACCAAGACAGAGGUGGAGUGCGUCGGCGUGAACCUGCGAGCUGUGCCUCUCCUGUCCGCUAACGUGACUUGGCUGUCUCUGAAGAGCAACGAGUUGAGAGAGCUUCCUGAUGACGUCUUCAGCAAAUACACAGACCUGCAGAGACUGUUCCUACAGAACAACAGUAUUCAGACGGUGUCCAGUCAUACAUUCAGCGGUUUGUUUAAACUGAGAAAACUAUUCCUUAGCCAAAACUACAUCAGCUUUCUGGGACCUGGUGUCUUCAGAGAUCUCCACAAAUUACAGUGGCUAGUCCUGGAUCACAACCCUCUGAGGAGCAUCUCUCACGACACAUUCAAUGGGCUCAGGUCAUUAAUAUUUCUGUCCAUGGUGAACACGUCCCUGGUGCAGCUCUCUAAACGAAGCCUGUGUCACUACAUGCCUCGACUCAGCUGGCUGGAUUUUGCAGAAAACCACAUUGAGGUGCUGAACUUCUCCACAUUAAUGACAUGCACCGAGCUCACAGUACUGUCACUGCAUGACAAUAAAAUCACGAUGCUUUCAGAAAACACGUUUCAGUCACUCGGAGUGUUGGCGGAACUUGAUUUGUCCUGCAACAGGAUUGCUGACCUGCCCAACAAGAUAUUCAAGAGUUUGAUCUCAUUGCUGAAACUGAAUAUAUCCCACAAUCCUUUGCUUGACGUUCAUGCUGGCCAUUUCGAUCAUUUGAUUCAGCUCGAGUCUUUAGGUUUGGAGGCCAUUGAGAUUCCAGACAUACAAACCAAGAUGUUUCUUCCAAUGGGCAAACUGUCUCACAUAUACUUCAAGGACUUCCACUACUGUUCCUACGCUCCACACGUGCGUAAGUGCAAGCCCAACACGGACGGGAUCUCGUCGUUCGAGGACCUGCUGGCCAACGUGGUGCUCAGGGUUUCGGUCUGGGUCAUGGCCUUCAUCACCUGCUUCGGGAACCUCUUCGUCAUCGGGAUGCGAUCGUGCAUUCGUGCCGAGAACAGCCUGCAUGCGGCGUGCAUCAAAGUCCUGUGCUCGUCCCCAGUCGGAAAGCCCCCUCGCCCCCAAGCGAGCGUCAGUCAGGGCGAGAGGAGAGGGCCGCUCGCCACCAUGCCGCUCACCGUGGACCCCGAGAGCAAACCCGGCGAGUACGUGCUCAAGAGCCUGUUCGCCAACUUCACCGUGCUGUCGGACCGCAAGAUCCGCAUCAUCAUGGCCGAGCCGCUGGAGAAACUGCUCACCAAAUCUCUGCAGAGAGGAGAGGACCACCAGUUCGAUCAGGUGAUCAGCACCAUGAGCUCUCUGGCCGAGUACUGCCUGCCCUCUAUCCUGCGUAUACUGUUCGACUGGUACAAGCGGCAGAACGGCCUGGAGGACGAGUCUCACGAGUACCGGCCUCGAGCCAACACCAAGACCAAAAAUGAUGAACAACAGAAGGAUUAUCUACUGGAACGGAGGGAUUUAGCCAUAGACUUUAUCUUUUCUCUGGUUCUCAUCGAGGUUUUGAAACAGAUCCCUCUGCACCCUCUUCUGGAUGACCUCAUUCAAGAAGUCAUUAACCUGGCCUUCAAGCACUUCAAGUACAAAGAAGGGUACAUGGGACCCAACACGUCUAACAUGCAUCUUGUGGCUGAUCUUUAUGCCGAGGUGAUCGGGGUGGUUGCUCAGUCCAGGUUUCCCGCGGUGAGAAAGAAGUUCAUCUCAGAGCUGAAGGAGCUCCGGCAGAAGGAGCAGAGCCCUUACGUGGUCAAGAGCAUCAUCAGCCUCAUCAUGGGGGUGAAGUUCUUCCGUAUUAAGAUGUACCCAGUGGAAGACUUCGAAGCCUCAUUUCUGUUCAUGCAGGAAUGCGCCCAGUACUUCUUAGAGGUGAAGGAUAAAGAUAUAAAGCACUGUCUGGCUGGUCUCUUCGUGGAGAUACUGGUCCCAGUGGCAGCUAGCGUGAAAAAUGAAGUAAACGUUCCGUGUCUGCGCAACUUCGUGGAAAGUCUGUACGACAACACCUUGGAGCUCUCUUCCAGGAAGAAGCAUUCUCUGGCUUUGUACCCUCUGGUCACUUGUCUGCUGUGUGUCAGUCAGAAGCAGGUCUUCCUCAACCGGUGGCAUGUCUUCCUCAACAACUGCCUGUCCAAUCUCAAGAACAAGGAUCAGCAGAUGGCUCGCGUGGCGCUGGAGUCCUUGUAUCGCCUGCUGUGGGUCUACAUGAUCCGGAUCAAGUGUGAGAGCAACACAGCUACACAAAGUCGCCUGACCAACAUUAUUUGCAACUUAUUUCCUAAAGGAUCCAGGAGCGUCGUCCCUCGGGACAUGCCUCUCAAUAUCUUUGUCAAAAUAAUCCAAUUUAUCGCACAGGAAAGAUUAGAUUUUGCAAUGAAGGAAAUCAUCUGUGAUCUGCUGUGUGUUGGAAAGUCGGCCAAAGCGUUUAGUCUUAAUCCCGAGAGAAUGAACAUCGCACUGAGGGCGUUCCUGGUCAUAGCCGAUAAUCUGCAGCAGAAGGAUGGCGAGCCACCCAUGCCCAACACCGGCGCCACGUUGCCUUCGGGAAACACGCUGAAGAAGAAGAAGACGUACCUGAGCAAGACUCUGACGGAGGAGCAGGCCAAGCUCAUCGGUAUGGCCUUGUACUACUCGCAGGUGAGGAAGGCCAUCGAUAACAUCCUGAGGCACCUCGAUAAGGAGGUGGGACGCUGCAUGAUGCUCACCAACGUGCAGAUGCUCAACAAGGAACCAGAGGACAUGAUCACCGGUGAGAGAAAGCCAAAGAUCGACCUGUUCAGGACGUGUGUAGCGGCCAUUCCGCGUAUCCUCCCGGACGGCAUGUCCAAACCCGAGCUCAUCGACCUGCUGUCCAGACUUACCGUCCACAUGGACGUCGAGCUGCGCCUGAUCGCCCAGAACUCCCUGCAGAGUCUGUUGCUGGACUUCUCUGAUUGGCGGGAGGACGUCCUCUUCGGGUACACCAACUUCCUGCUCAGAGAGGUGCAGGACACGCAGCAGGGGCUGCAGGACACGUCGGUAAAACUGCUGCUGCAGCUGCUCACGCAGUGGAGACUGGCACUGCAGGCGCCGGGCAAGCGGUCAGCCGAGGGUGGCGGGGGCUCCAGGUUGCCACUUGAACGCACCCCCCACUGCACGGUGCUGCACGCUGUAGAGGGUCUCGCCCUCCUCCUGCUCUGCUCCUGCCAGACCAGCACACGCAAACUGGCUGUAUCUGUACUCCGAGAGAUCCGCUUACUCUUCACCGCCAUCGGCCAGGCAGAUGAUGACGAUAAGCCUAUGAUCGAGGUGAUGGACCAGCUCAGCCCUGCGGUCAUGGAAAGCUUUGUUCACGUGGCCGUGUCUGACUCGGCCACCCUGCCUCUGAACCAGCACGUGGAUCUGCAGUGGCUGGUGGAGUGGAACGCACGUCUGGUGAACAGCCACUACGACGUCAAGAGCCCCUCACACGUGUGGAUCUUCGCCCAGUCGGUGAAGGACCCCUGGGUGCUCUGCCUCUACAGUUUCCUACGGCAGGAGCACCUGCCCAAGCACUGCCCCAUGGCUCUGAGCUACGCCUGGCCGUACGCCUUCACGCGGCUGCAGCUGCUCAUGCCUCUAGUGGACCCCAAUAGUCCAGUGUACGCCAAAAAGACCAGCGCGUCCGGACAGGCCGACAGCUACGUGACGCUCUGGAGGAACUACCUGAUCCUGUGUCUGGGAGUAGCCAAGCCAAGCAUCAUGAGCCCCGGUCACCUAAGAGCCUCCACCCCCGAGAUCAUGGCUACCACCCCUGACGGCAGUAUCACCUACGACAACAAGGUGAUCGGGACCCCCUCGGUAGCUUGGCUCCUCAAGCAGCUGGUUCCUCUCAUGCGGCUCGAGGGCAUCGACCUCACCGAGUCCCUGGUGCUGGGCUUCGGCCGGACCAACUCCCUCGUCUUCAGGGAAUUGGUGGAGGAGCUCCAUCCACUCAUGAAAGAAGCUUUGGAGCGAAGACCAGAGAAUAAGAAACGUCGGGAGAGGAGGGAUCUGCUGAGACUGCAGCUGCUCCGUAUCUUUGAGCUGCUGGCCGACUCGGGGGUCAUAAGCGACAGCACGAACGGAGCGUUAGAGCGGGAUUCUCUGGCUCUGGGAGCUCUCUUCCUGGAAUACGUGGAUCUGACCCGCAUGCUGCUGGAGGCGGAGAACGAUAAAGAUCUGGAGAUCCUGAAGGACAUCCGAGCUCAUUUUAGCGGCAUGGUGGCCAACCUGAUCCAGUGUGUGCCAGUGCACCACCGGCGAUUCCUGUUCCCCCAGCAGAGUCUGCGGCAUCACCUCUUCAUCCUGUUUAGCCAGUGGGCCGGACCCUUCAGUGUCAUGUUCACCCCUCUGGACCGCUACAGUGACCGCAACCACCAGAUCACGCGCUACCAGUACUGCGCUUUAAAGGCCAUGUCAGCAGUAUUAUGUUGUGGCCCUGUUUUCGAUAAUGUGGGUCUGUCUACUGAUGGUUAUCUCUACAAGUGGCUCGACAAUAUCCUCGGCUGUCAUGAUCUACGGGUGCAUCGUCUGGGAUGUGAGGUGGUCAUCCUGCUGCUGGAACUGAACCCAGAUCAGGUCAACCUGUUUAACUGGGCAGUGGAUCGCUGCUUUACUGGCUCCUACCAGCUGGCAUCGGGCUGCUUCAAGGCCAUAGCUACAGUAUGUGGAAGCAGAAACUACCCGUGUGACCUGGUGACCCUACUGAACCUGGUGCUCUUCAAAGCCUCCGACACCAGCCGGGAGAUCUACGAGAUAUCGAUGCAGCUCAUGCAGGUUUUGGAGACGAAGCUGUCCAUGUACUCUAAAAGGCUUGUGGGACAAAAGUCAGGAAACAUCCUGUACGGCACACACGGACCCUUACCUCCGCUGUACAGCGUUUCUCUAUCACAGCUCUCUAACCAGCUCGCCUGCAUGUAUCCUGAGCUCACCCUCCCCCUAUUCUCAGAGGUCAGCCAGAGGUUUUCCACCACUCACCCCAACAGCAGACAGAUAAUGCUGACCUACCUGCUGCCCUGGCUGAACAACAUCGAGCUGGUGGACACCGGGUUGCUGCCCCCGGCCUCCAGUCCCUGCACCCCGGAGGAGGAGUCGCGGGAGCACGCGGACGGCGUGGGCGUCUCGCACCCACUCAGAGGCAACGGAUGGGGAUCGCUACAGGCCACGUCCUUGAUCCUCAACAAUCUCAUGUACAUGACCGCCAAGUAUGGAGACGAGCUCCCAGGUCCAGAAAUGGAGAACGCAUGGAACGCCUUGGUGUCCAACGAGAAAUGGAGCAACAACCUAAGAAUCACGCUGCAGUUUCUCAUAAGUCUGUGCGGGGUCAGCAGUGACACCACACUCCUGCCUUAUAUUAAGAAGGUGGUGAUCUAUCUGUGUCGGAACAACACCAUUCAGACCAUGGAGGAGCUGCUCUUCGAACUGCAGCAGACCGACCCAGUCAACCCAGUAGUGCUCCACUGUGACAAUCCACCUUUCUACCGCUUCACAGCCAGCAGUAAGAUCUCUGCCGUGGCUUCAGGCACGACAUCGAGCAGCAACACCGUCGUGCCGGCAGGACCGGAAAACAUCCAGGACUCAGACGAGGUGAAAAUGACUCGAGAAAGCGAGGAGAGGUUGAGUAAAGCCGUACGGGCGCAUAACCGCCUAGAAUCACGUUACAGUAACAGCUCUGGCGGCUCCUACGAUGAGGAGAAAAAUGACCCGUUACCUCCGUAUGCUGGCUGGCUCAUGAGCGUGUUAGAGUGUAACCGGCCCCAACCUCUGCCCAUGCCGUCGAACGGAGGCUGCUGGGCUCCGCUAGUGGACUACCUGCCGGAAACCAUCACGCCACGAGGGCCCCUCCACAGGUGUAACAUUGCAGUGAUCUUCAUGACGGAGAUGGUGGUGGACCACAGUGUGAGAGAGGACUGGGCUCUUCACCUGCCUCUUCUGCUUCAUGCUCUGUUCCUCGGACUGGACCACUAUCGGCCGGAGGUCUUCGAGCACAGUAAGCGGCUGCUCCUGCAUCUCCUCAUCGCUCUCUCCUGCAACAACAACUUCCAGCUCAUCGCCUCCGUGCUGCUGGCCACCAGAGAGGUCAGCGACAACAAGACCCUGACCGUCAAAUCCAGCUACCAGCCCGAGUACCUGAACACAGGCGGGCUGGACUUCCUGCGGGAGUGGCAGGCGUCUCCGGUGGCAGAUUCGGGCCUGAGUUCCUCCUCGACCUCGUCCAGUGUGAGCCUGGGGGGCAGCGUGGGGAACCUCCCUCAGAUCACGGCAGACCUCGAGGAGCUGGACGAGUCCUCCACAGAGUCUGAGGAGAAGACCAGCAAGCUCAUCGAGUUCCUCACCACCAGAACCUUCGGACCCCUGUGGUGCCAUGAGGACAUCACUCCGAAGAACCCCAACUCCAAGAGCGCCGAGCAGCUCUCCAACUUCCUGCGCCACGUCAUGUCUGUGUUCAAAGAGACCAAGUCAGAUUUCCACCUGGAACAGCAGCUGAGCGACGUGGCUCUGCAGACGGCCCUGUGCAGCUCGUCGCGCCACUACGCCGGACGUUCCUUCCAGAUAUUCAGAGCCCUCCGGCAGCCGCUCUCCGCUCACGCUGUGUCAGACCUGCUGUCUCGCCUGGUGGAGGUGGUGGGGGAGCACGGAGACGAGGUGCAGGGUUACGUGAUGGAGAUAUUACUCACUCUGGAGUCGGUGGUGGAUAAUUUGGCUGAAUGCCUCAAAAACAGUGAGCUGAUGGCAGCACUGACCAGAUCCUCGUCUCCGGACUUCCUGGUGAUCGGCAAGCUGAACUCCAACCGCAAGAGCACCGGCCAGCUCAACCUGUCGAAAGAGGCCAGCGCGGCCGAGCGCAGCAGGCACCAGCGCAGUUACUCGGUGCCCAAGAAGUUCGGCGAGAGCGGCGAACACUCGUCCUCCGACCCGCCCCGGAGCGCCACCCUGGACCGCAUUCAGGCCUGCACCCAGCCGGGGGGUCUGGGCCGCUCGGCCCGAAGCACCUCGUCCACCUCGUCCGGUCGCGCCGACGCCAGCGCCAACCCGUCCGAGCCCAGCCACCCUUCCAACCUGCUGGCCACGCUCUUCUGGGUGGCCGUGUCCCUCAUGGAGUCGGACUUCGAGUUCGAGUACCAGAUGGCGCUGCGGCUGGUGCACAAACUGCUCUCGCGCGUCCCCCUGGAACAGCCCGAGAACCGGGAGCGCCUGGACAAGCUUCAGGCUCAGCUGAGGUGGAGCGGAUUCUCCGGCCUGCAGCAGCUCCUGCUUAAGGGUUUCACCUCGCCGGCCACCAGUGACCUCACGCUGCAGCUCUUCUGCCAGCUCACGCCGGUCGCACGGGUGUCCGUGGUGGACACGUCACAGUCUAUAGGUUUCCCUCUGAACGUUCUGUGUCUGCUGCCUCACCUGGUGCAGCAUUUCGACUCCCCGACACAGUUCUGCAAGGAGAGCGCCGAGAGGAUAGCACAGGUGUGUCUCGAGGAGAAGGAGAAGAACGCCAAGCUGUCUCACCUAGCUCACGUGAUGACUCUGUAUAAAACCCGUUCCUACACCAGAGACUCCUUCUCCUGGGUCAGCGUCGUCUGCCGCUACCUGCACGAGGCCUUCUCUGACCUCACGCUCAGCAUGGUGACCUACAUGGCUGAGUUAUUGGAUAAAGGCUUACCCAGCAUGCAACAGCCCCUGCUCCAGAUCAUCUACAGCCUGCUGAGUCACAUGGACCUUGCAGCCAUUCAGGUCAAAGCCUUCAACGUGGAGGUGCUCAAGACCAUCGAGAAGUUUGUACAUACCGCUCACUGGAAGGAGGCGCUGAACGUCCUGAAGCUGGUGGUGUCGCGCUCUGCCAGUCUGUCCCUGCCAUCUUACUCCCACGGAGAUCUGGCCAACCUGGAGGUGAGCCGCAUGAUGUGGGACGGCUCGUCCAAAGCCCUGCCUGGCAAGACGCUGGAGUUCCACUUCGACAUAUCUGAGACGCCACUGAUUGGCCGCAGGUACGAUGAGCUCCAGAGCUCGGGAGGUAGAGACAGGAAGGCCCGGGCCAUCGCCGUGACCCGCAGCACCUCGUCCACAUCGUCCAGCUCCAGCUCCAACCACGUUCUGGUACCCGUCAGCUGGAAGAAGCCUCAGUCUUCACAAAAGCGGACGCGGGAAAAGCUGGUGAACGUGCUGGUGUUGUGUGGACAGGAGGUCGGCCUCAGCAAAAAUCCGUCUGUCAUAUUUUCCUCCUGUGGUGACCUGGAGCUAAUGGAACGCCAGCCCAGUCAGGUGUCGUCAGAAGACGGCACGCGAGAGGACACGCUGGACGACACCGCCUCCGAGCAGCAGUUUCGGGUUUUCAGAGACUUCGACUUCCUGGAUGUGGAGCUGGAGGACGGAGAGGGUGAGAGCAUGGAUAACUUUAACUGGGGAGUCCGACGCCGCUCUCUGGACAGCACCGACCUGACGGAGCUGCUGGAGGAGAGCCAGAACUCGGACAGCACACCCAGCCUCGGGCCCCUGGACCCCCAGCACGACUCCGACGACUCGUCUGAGGAGGAGUCCAACUCCACCGGCCAGAGCCUCUCGCACCAUUCGCAACUCACGAUGAACCUGUCGCCUUCAGAGGACACCAAUCACACCGACUCUCUGUCCACCUCCUACGACACCACAUCCGCUGACCCAAACUCCGUAAAUGCGACCACGCCAUGCACGGUGACGUCCCUGUUAGAUGAUUCUGCCAUUCCACCUCCGCAAGCUGAAGACGAGGACGGUAAUGUACAUGAGGACGACCUGUCCUUCUGUGUGAGUGAGCUCCCGCCGGGGUUUGACUGCGGCUCCAGCUUCACUCUGGACCUUCCACCGGAAACGGAUCCGGCCGAGGCGGACCCGGACCCGAACGGCCUGCCGGGCUAUAGUUUCGGAGAGGAGAGGGACGACCUGGACGAGCUGGGCUUCCCCCCACCACCGUCACCGUUUUUUUCUGCCAUCCUCGCCGCCUUCCAGCCCGCGGUGUGCGACGAUGCCGAGGAGGCGUGGCGCACCCACAUCAACCAGCUGCUGACCGAUUCGGACGGCUCGUGCGCCGCGUACACCUUUCGCAUCUUCUACGCCCUGUUCCAGAACAUCCUGAACAAGUUCUGCUCCCUGACCAGCGAUGCCGCCUGUUACCUUGGAGACGGUCUGAGGGGCAUCGGGGCGAAGUUUGUGAGAUCGUCCCAGAUGCUGAGGACGUGUUCAGACUGUCCCACGCUGUUCGUGGACGCCGAUACGAUCAUCUCCUACGGGCUGUUAGAGAAGAUCAAGUUCAGCGUACUGGAGCUGCAGGAGUAUCUGGACACAUACACGGGUAAAGAAGAGGCAGCCACCUCGUGGCUUCAAAACUGCAAGGCAACAUUUCCCAGGUGCCCCGACGACGGGGUGAUCACCAGCCAGCCCGGAGAUACAGAGGAGAAGCAAAUGGAGGCCCUGGCUCAACUGGAGCUGUGCCAGCGGCUCUAUAAGCUCCACUUCCAGCUGCUGCUGCUGUUUCAGUGCUACUGCAAACUGGUCAGCAAAGUCAGCGCCAUCAGCUCCGUGCCAGAGCUGAUGAACAUGUCCCGUGACCUUGGCGAGCUGAAGGUGAGUCUCCGACUGGCAGCGGCGGGCGAUCAGGACGCCCUGCAGCGCCCCAGCACUCAGCCCGCCUUCCCCAGCUCAGAGGCCGCGGUGCAGUCGGUGCUGGAGUGUCUGAGGAACAGACAGUACACCACGGCCAUCCGCCACAUCCGCCAGUGCAGGCGGCUCUGGCCAAACGACAUCUUCGGCAGCAAUUCAGAAGACGAGAUCCACACCCUGCUGCACAUCUCCUUCCGUCACCAGUCCCUGGGUCAGACGGGCAUGUUCGCCGUGGUCGGCUUCCAGCAGGACGUGUGGCAGGUCAGCGCCGAGCUGAUGGCGCUAAGCGGCGAGAUCCGGGACAUGAUCCGCCGCGCCCAGGGUUCCCGGCCCGUCCCGUCCCGCCCCCCGAACUCCAGCGUUUCGGCCACGAGUCUCUGACAGGACGCGUGCAGCGCCCCCAGGCAGCGCUGGAUCCCGCCCUAGGCGCUCGGCCCCUGCUGGACACGCCCUCGCCGUCGCCCCCACACGAUCGCGAACACGUCCACUGCGCUGCCUGGGAGUGCUGCGACCCCCUCACGGCCCUGUCCCACAAACUCACGCCCUACUUAGGGAAACUCGGACAGCUGUCCUGGAUCAUGCUGAACAGGAGGGAGGGGGUUUUAAGGGUCAGUUUGUCUUCAGACUCUCAGAGCUGCAGCAGUUCUGGAGAAACCGAACUGCUCCUGCACAACGUUUCUGAUUAAGUCAUGCCGUCACGGUUAUUGUUUGUUUUUUAAUGUGUUUAAUAAUUGCACUAUGUCAAACACUACAAGGAAUAGAAAGUUGUGUUUGCUACUGAGGACACGCUGUGCUUUUUAGAAGGAAACGGCAAAGCUGGCGGGCACUUAUAAUGGUGCCCGCACUGGGUAUCGUCUACUGGGAAACGUGCAAUGAAGGACAGCUGAACUGGACGCCUUUCUACUGUCCUGAACAGACUUUUAUAAACAAGACAUACUACAGUACAAAGGUCACUGAUUCAUCUUCUCCCCCAUCUGUACUUGUUUCAUGAGCCUAUUUAUCACUGGUCCUAUACACAGCACUGAACUUAUACACUAACACACACACACACACCGCUGCUGUACAUUCAACUCAAAACGAAUACAUCGAACUGUUCGAUUUCAAUACAUUCAAGUGUUUAGACGUAACGUUAACGUACCCACUAGCAUUUUCAAGAUCGUGAAGAUAGUUUUACCUGAAACGUGUCAAUCAGAAUCGCCGAUCACGCAUGGUUGUAUUUAAAACGAUCAGAACUCUCAUUUGAUGGUUUGUAUAAAAUCCGAACAGGUUUAGAAACGUGCAUGCCAGCAGAGAUUGUACGUCGUUUUCCUGUAGGGAAACGUCUUGUAGUUGAGGGGGGGGGGGGUUUGGAUGUGUAAAUAUUACUUUUACAGAAUGUUUUGUUUGGUGCAGUCAAGUGUUAUGUAGGAAUAAAGAUUUAUUGCAUUAA